UAUAUUUCCAAGAUUACCCUUUCCAUAACCAAAAAUGACAUUCUUGUUCACAUCGGCUCCUUCCUUCUGUAGUCGCUAGCAGGUAGCAGCAGCCAUUAACAACCUUUCUUUGAACUUCCAACAACAUACGUCACCGCCGAUCCAAAUCACAGCAACAAACCGUCAAUUUUUUUCUGGUCCACCGGAAAAUUUGAUCAGCAACAGUAGGAAAAUUCAAUGAGGUCGUCUUCUUCUACUCGCGGUGGUAGAAUAAAUAUCGCUACCGUCGCUCAGAAAAUUGAUGUCGAUAAUCGAAUUUCUCUCCGAUUUUACUUCCGGAUCGCCGAUAGUAUUCUCAAACAGGCUGAUAUCUUUCGAGAAGAGAGAAAUAUUAUAGACCUGUAUACUAUGCUUUUAAGGUUUUCAAGCUUGGUAUCAGAAACAAUACCAUAUCAUCGAGACUACAGGGCAUCCCAAGAGAGUAAGAAAGUUUAUUUGAAAAAGAGAUUGUUGAAUGCUGUGAUAGAGUUGGAGGACUUGAAGCCAGCAGUCCAGCAAAAGAUCAAUGAAUUAAACAGAAAACACACCCAACAAGUGAAUGGCUCGGUCUCUGUGAAUCAAAAUGAUUCAUUAGUGGGGCCUCCUGUCAAAAAGAAAACCUUUACUAGUUAUGACGUGACUAAGGCAGGGAGACCAGCGUCACAAGAAAUUGUAUCUCAGGGCACAAGAACUCAGCAAUAUUCGCAUGUUAGGCCACCAGAAGAACAAUUCCAGAGAUGGUCUUUAAACUUUCCACAACCAAAGGAGGAAACUCUCUCCAGACAUUCUAUAUUGGGUCCAAAUGGGCUUCAGGGGCAAUGGCAACCACCUAGGAGCGAUAAAGGAGUCAGGUAUCCUAGCAACAUAGACCUCACUCCAGUCAAAUUCCCCAGCCUGCUGCUGGAAAAUGGAGUUGCAGAGAAAAACUACUCUAGCCAUUCAGAAGUUCAAAACCUGCAGCUGUUCAAAGAAAAUGGGGUCAAUUUAGAAUCAGAUAGCAACAGCUCAGGACUUGAAAGACCAAGUUCACAGGUGGAUAGUCAGAUGUGCAAAGCUGAAGAACCUAGUGCAUUGAUUUCCUUCGAAGCAACAGAAAUGCCUGUUCAGACAAAUCUAAUUAGACAGCCUUCUCCUCCAGCUGUGCUUGCAGAAGUACAAGAUUUGUUACCUGCAAUGUCUCCACAAUUUACGGAAGUAGGAAAUAAAUUAAGCAUUUCCUCACCUGAUGAUAUUGCUUGUUCUGAACCUCCCUUACAACUGCACAUUUCAACCACAAUGAUGGAGAAUUUCAUGAAGCUGGCAAAGUCAAAUACUGAUAAGAAUUUAGAAACUUGUGGUGUCCUAGCUGGAAAACUCAAAAACAGAAUGUAUAGUGUUACAGCUCUGAUCAUCCCUAAGCAGGAGUCCACAUCUGAUUCAUGUCAAACAACCAAUGAAGAAGAAUUAUUUGAAGCGCAGGAUAACGGAGAUCUAUUAUCUCUUGGGUGGAUACAUACGCAUCCUACACAGUCUUGUUUCAUGUCUUCAAUUGAUGUCCACACCCAUUACUCAUAUCAGACAAUGUUGCCACAAGCUGUCGCCAUUGUCAUGGCGCCAUCAGAUUCCUCGAGAAAACAUGGCAUUUUUCGGUUGACAACCCCUGGUGGCAUGAAGGUUAUAAGAAACUGCCAGCAACGUGGAUUCCAUCCUCACAGUCAACCUGAGGAUGGUGGGCCAAUUUACCAGACCUGUACAGAUGUCUAUAUGAAUCCGAACUUAAAGUUUAAAGUUACCGACCUUCGGUAAUUUGUUCAUUUGAUUUUAGCCGACUUAUUGCAAUUGUUCAUAAUCAUACAAUCCAUUUAUUGUUAGAGGCUUUACCAACGGACUGUAUACGUCACCGUGUCUGUAAAGAAGGGGAUAUUGAAAUUUCCCAUCGCAAGUGUCUGCAUAUACUAGUACUGAUCAGUCCAUCUAGGAACUGGAUACCUCUAGUUUUAUGACUAGUAAAUACUCUUGAAACUGUUUUAUAUUCGUCUUAAAGUAUAAAAGACUCGGAAACAUUCAAAAAAAUUGCAAGAGUUUGUGAUUCAUGAA